GGUCCGGAGGAUGAUGCGCAUUUUCUCAGAUUGAAGGGGGGAGGUUUGGAGCAGCCCGGACUCUCGUUGUUUAACAGAGUUAUCCGCCAGGAAUGGUCAAAAUACUUUCUAGGAUUCAUUGUCGUGCCUCUCCUUUGAGAGAAUAUAACAUCAAACGACACCUUGUUUUCGGAUGUUUUGUUAGAGUGAGUUGAACAACUUUAGGACACAGUUUUCGGAGGUGCGAGGACUUGAUUUCAUCGUGAGCGAAACGAUUUGGGAUAAAGGGACUAACUUACCAAAAAACCACCGCAUAGGCUGCACUCAGCGUAGUGUUUGGACCAGUUUGCGUUAGCUAGGUAAGAUAAGAGAAGAAAAGGAAAUCACAGCACAGCUUUCAAUUUAGAAAAUUUAUCAACUUAACUCUCAACUUAACUUAACGCUCCGUUGAUUAUUUGGGUUUUUCGGAGUGGGGGGACGCUCAGUCUUUUCUUCUGUCGCACAAGUUUGGCAAAAAAUAUGCGCCAACUUGUUAGCUAAACGUUGAUAGUUUUGGAGCAAGUGAACGUCGAUAAAAGGAGCCGCACAUUUAAGUCUGGAUAUACUGUUUUUCGGAAAGUUUUUCUGCCUCCAAUCUCGACCAACACUGGCUGUUUCACAGCCCCCCGCCAGUAAGUUUAGCACUGUGAAUGACCCGCCGCUGAUGCCCCAAAGGUCUGAAUGGAGUUCCAGUCGCAGAAAAGCCAACAGUUGUAGCUCCCUCAGCAGGAUGCUGAUGAGGCCAAGUAUACUUCUGUUUCUGGCUUUAUUCGCCCAAGUUUUAAGGACUCAGUGCCGGCCUGCCAACACUGAUGAAGUCUCCGAGGAAAGGCAAGCAGAGCUGUUCACCCUCUAUCUCGGGGAUCGUCUGGAUCUGAGUUGCUCUGCCAAGGACUCCCUCCAUGCUGUCAACUGGACCAAAGACCAUGUGGCCGUAGUGGAUGGAGAACACACACGCAUCCGCAACGGACAGCUGGAGAUUGAGACUGUGGAGCUGGCGGACUCUGGCCUGUACGCAUGCACAACCUUUGGCAACCAUAGCGUCUACUUCAACGUCACAGUCGAUACCCUGGCCUCGUCUGAGGAUGACGAUGACGAUGAAAAGUCUUCAUCUGAGGAAGCCAAACUGUUAGGCAGUCAAAAGCUGCUGCCAAUGCCCCCACAAUGGGCUCAUCCAGAGAAAAUGGAGAAAAAGCUUCAUGCCGUCCCAGCCAGUAAGACUGUCAAGUUCCGCUGCCAGGCCAGUGGCAACCCAACGCCCACACUGAAAUGGUACAAGAAUGGCAAGGAGUUCAAGAGAGACCAUCGCAUUGGAGGCUUCAAGGUCCGUGAUAAUGUGUGGACCAUCAUCAUGGAAUCUGUAGUGCCCUCUGACAAGGGAAACUACACCUGUGUGGUGGAAAACCAGUAUGGCAGCAUCAAUCACACCUACCAGCUAGAUGUUGUCGAGCGCUCUCCCCAUAGGCCAAUUCUUCAGGCUGGCCUGCCAGCUAAUCGCACCGCCGUGGUGGGCAGCGAUGUGGAGUUUGAGUGCAAAGUGUUCAGCGACCCUCAGCCUCAUAUCCAGUGGCUGAAACACAUCGAGGUUAACGGGAGCCGUGUCGGCCCUGAUGGCUUACCGUACGUCCGUGUCCUCAAGCAUUCUGGGGUCAAUAGCUCGGACGCUCAGGUGCUGACCCUCUACAAUGUGACUGAGGAGGAGAGCGGAGAGUAUAUAUGUAAAGUGUCCAAUUAUAUAGGAGAUGCCAAUCAGUCGGCCUGGCUGACUGUCACCACAUAUGAGCCCACAGCUGUCCCUCACUAUCCACCAGCCAAUCACACCUACCUGGAGGUGGUCAUCUACUGCGUGGGCUUCUUUUUCAUCGCUGUCAUGAUCGCCAUCGCAGUUAUCGUCAAGAUUCGUACCUCCUCCAAGAAGAGUGACUUCAACAGUCAGCUGGCCGUCCACAAGUUGGCCAAAAGCAUCCCCUUGCGCAGACAGGUGUCUGUGGACUCGAGCUCCUCCAUCCACUCUGGAGUGAUGCUGGUUCGACCCUCCCGUCUUUCCUCCAGUGGCUCUCCAAUGCUGUCAGGGGUGUCUGAGUAUGAACUUCCCCAGGAUCCCCGCUGGGAGCUUCCCCGGGACAGACUUGUUCUUGGGAAGCCCCUUGGUGAAGGCUGCUUUGGUCAAGUGGUGAUGGGAGAAGCACUGGGUCUCGACAAAGAGAAGCCAAACCGUGUGACAAAGGUUGCAGUCAAAAUGUUGAAAUCUGAUGCCACAGAGAAAGACCUGUCAGACCUGAUUUCAGAGAUGGAGAUGAUGAAGAUCAUUGGGAAGCACAAGAACAUCAUUAAUCUGCUGGGAGCCUGUACACAGGAUGGUCCUCUGUAUGUGAUUGUUGAGUAUGCAUCCAAGGGGAACUUGAGGGAGUACUUGCGAGCUCGGCGUCCACCGGGCAUGGAGUACUGCUACAACCCUGAUCAGGUCCCUGUGGAGAACAUGUCAAUCAAAGACCUGGUGUCCUGUGCCUACCAAGUGGCCCGAGGCAUGGAGUAUCUGGCUUCCAAGAAGUGCAUCCACAGAGAUCUUGCUGCUCGCAAUGUUUUGGUAACAGAGGACAACGUGAUGAAAAUAGCUGACUUUGGCCUGGCAAGAGAUAUCCAUCACAUUGAUUACUACAAGAAGACCACCAAUGGUCGUUUACCAGUCAAGUGGAUGGCUCCUGAGGCGCUGUUUGACCGGAUAUACACACACCAAAGUGAUGUCUGGUCAUUCGGGGUGCUGCUUUGGGAGAUUUUCACCCUGGGAGGCUCCCCGUACCCAGGCGUCCCUGUGGAAGAGCUGUUCAAGCUGCUUAAGGAAGGCCACCGCAUGGACAAGCCCUCCACGUGCACUCAUGAGCUGUAUAUGAUGAUGAGGGACUGCUGGCAUGCUGUACCCUCUCAGAGACCCACAUUCAAACAGCUGGUAGAGGACCUAGACCGCUGCCUGGCCAUGACAUCCAACCAGGAGUAUUUGGAGCUGUCUGUGCCUCUGGACCAAUACUCCCCCAGCUACCCCGACACCCGCAGCUCCACCUGUUCCUCCGGCGAGGACUCCGUUUUCUCCCACGACGCUGGAGCCGAGGAGCCCUGCCUGCCAAAGUUCCCCCCCCACUCCAACGGGGCAGCCAUUAAGAAACGCUGAUACCUCAUCUCCAUUCAGACAAACAUUGACAUUUCCUCCGCUCCCUGCCUCAUGGGGUUGGACUCUUCCCCACAUUCCCAGAGAUGAAGCUAAAAAACACUGGUGCUCUGUGAGAAAGUGAGCUCUGAGAGGCCUUGUAGAACGUGUUGGAUCACAUGGACUGAAGAGAGCAGCCGUUUCCCGGUUCUCGGUGGUGACGAUGUUUAUGGGGCACUUUGUAUUAUCCAGAGUGGCAGUUUGUCACCAUGUCAGAAGAGAGCAGACUCCCACUCUUCUCUCCUCUUUGGGCAUUCCACGGGUCAGGAGAAUCGAAAGAACUGACUACGAUUGUCAGGGUUUUUGUUUGUUUGCUUUCUACCCUCCGUGGUCGUUUCAUCAACAGUGAAGGACAGCAUUCUGCUUUCCCGACCAAAUCUAGAGAAUAUACAACCAAGGGACAUGCAGCACCGUGGUCCACUGCAUUAUUCAUUAUCUUCUUGUAAAUACAGUUAGAAAAUUAUAAAUAUGAAUAUAUAUUUACACUGUACUCUUAUUUUUAUUACCAUAAUUGAUUUAUUUUCUUUUGUACAAGGACGCUUUUGUUUGAUCCAUUUUUGAAUAUAGUCUGUAGGGGCAGUUGUUACAUGAGAAUUUCUUAAAUUGCUGAGGAUUACAUGGCCAGUUGUUUUUUUUUGUUUUUGUUUUUUUUUUUUCCUGUAUCACAACUUUGAUUCCCCUAAAUUUAUUGCAUAAUCAUCAAUGGAAAAAUAUAUAUUGGUUUUUCUAUUUUUUAACUUCUAAGUGCUUUUCAUGACACAAACGGCAAUACAGUGUAACUCAGUGUUUGGGGUUUCUCUCCAGCAGAAGUGCUAGAUUUAUGAAUUUUUGAUGCGUCUGUGUGUGUGCGUGACUGUGUCUGUGUGUGCAUGUAUGUAUGUGCGUAUGCCAGAGAGAGUAUGUGCGAGUGAUUGAAAACAGCAGGAUGUGUGGAUAAUUUUAUCUGGUCUCGUUCAAGAUUGUUCAUUCACUUCAAGGAUGGUCACAACUUUUAAUGUUCCUGGUUGUACACCAUUCUUGUUUUAAAACCCAGAGUAGUUUGAUUCAGUCAACGUCAUGCACUUCCACUGUGCAUGCCUUCCGUGUGAUGAACUUAUCUUCUACUGUAAAUGCUUUAACAGGAGUUACAUCUGCUACCAUAUAAUUUCUGAUGAAGGGUUGCAGAACACGUAUGUCAUCGUAAAAGGAUUACAUUAAAUAAAAUGCUAUCGAAAAACAAA